CGCACUAGGCCUCACAGUCGCCAUGCCGGAACCGCACGGUUCUGCGUCCCUGAGGGUGAACGCAGCGUUUGCCGCGCGCUACAGUCGUUACCGCGAGCGUGAGGAACUGCAGCGGCUGAAGGAUCGCUAUGGGGAUCUGGAUGGCGGCGACUCCAGCUCCGAGUCUAACUCCAGCGACGAGCAUGUGGAAUUUGAUCCCCAGCAGGAGAGAGACUUUUACAGGACUCUGUCCUUGCUGAAGAAAAAGGACCCCCGAAUUUACCAGAAAGAUGCUACUUUCUAUCAGAGAACAGCUGAAACCUCAUCUUCAGAGAGUGAGGAGGAGCCAGCAGCCUCAGGGAAGCAGAAGAAAAUACAGCCCAUGUACCUGAAGGACUAUGAGAGGAAGGUCAUCUUAGAGAAAGAAGGCAAAUAUGUUGACGAGGACAACUCUGAUGGGGAGACUUUUGACCACAGGCUCAAGGAAACGUCAAUGAAAAGUUAUGUAGAAGAACAGAAGCAGCUGAAGGAAAGCUUCCGAGCCUUCGUGGAGGACAGCAGUGACGAGGACAGUACUGAAGGUGGCUCUGGGCUGCUGCGGAAACACAGCAGCAGUGGGGAAGAAAAGGCCCAGGAAGAAGUGGAUUACCUUGAGUGGCUAAAGGGGCAAAAGGAGAUUCACUGCUCUCAGUCCUUGAAAGAACUGACACACCUCAAGGAGUACUGGAACAGCCCAGAACUGGAUGAGGGCGAACAAUUCCUGAAGGAUUAUAUUCUCAACAAACGAUAUGAAGAGGAGGAGGAAGAAGAAAUAGAGGAGGAAGGGGUUCCAGGCCCCACAGUCCAGCUGGCAGUGGACGACUCUUCAGACGAAGGGGAGUUGUUCCUGAGGAAGCAGGAAGAUUUUGAACACAAGUACAACUUCCGCUUUGAGGAGCCUGAUUCAGCCUCAGUCAAGACGUACCCACGUAGCAUUGCAUCAUCUGUGCGCCGUAAGGAUGAGCGCAGGAAGGAGAAGAGGGAAGAAACUAGGGAGCGGAAGAAGAGGGAGAAGGCCAGGAAGCAGGAGGAGUUGAAACAGUUAAAGAACCUAAAGAGGAAGGAGAUUCUGGCUAAGCUGGAGAAACUGCGCCAGGUCACUGGCAACGAGACACUGGGCCUUGAGGAGCAGGACCUGGAGGAUGACUUUGACCCUGCCCAGCAUGACCAGCUCAUGCAGAAAUGCCUUGGAGAUGGCUUCUAUGGCACUGCGGAGGAAGAGAAGCCACACUUUGAGGAAGAAGAAGGGCUUGAAGAUGACUGGAAUUGGGAUACAUGGAGUGGACCUGAGCAAGAUGGAACCUGGAGCCAGCAGCAGGGGCUACACUGUGAGGACCCUGACUUUAACAUGGAUGCUGACUAUGACCCCAGCCAACCUCGGAAGAAGCUUCGUGAGGCCCCCUCCUCAGGGAAAAAGAAGCGCAAGUCUCCCUUUGCAGCUGCAGUGGGGCAGCAGAAACCCACAUUUGACCCUGAGGACAGGACUUUUGAGGAGUACCUGGAUGAAUACUACCGGCUGGACUAUGAGGACAUCAUCGAUGACCUGCCCUGUCGUUUCAAGUACCGUACUGUGGUGCCUUGUGACUUCGGGCUCAGCACCGAGGAGAUCCUUGCAGCUGAUGACAAGGAGCUGAACCGCUGGUGUUCCCUGAAGAAGACCUGCAUGUACAGGUCAGAGCAGGAAGAGAUGCAGGAGAAGCAGGUGUACAGCCAGAAGGCCCAGAACUUAUGGAAGAAGAGGCAGAUCUUCAAAUCCCUGUGCCAGGAAGACAUGGAAAUGCCCACAGAAGCCACAGGGAAGUCACAGGGCAAGGCCAGCCCACAGGCACAGCUGCCCAUGCCUGAUGGAGCCUAUGGGAAGAGGCCCCAGGCUGAGACCCAUGUGGCCAAGGAAGAAGAGUUGGCACACACAUCCUGCCCAGAGAAGACAACUUCCCAGAGGCAAAAGAACAAGAAGGCCAGACUGUUGGGUCCCACAGUUACCCUUGGAGGUCACAAGUUCAACCGACAGAGAUUGCAGGCCUUUGGUCUCAACCCCAAAAGGCUGCACUUCCGCCAGUUGGGUCGCCGAAGGGGGAAACAGCAGAGCCACCCUUGAGGGCCACUGGAAGCCAGGCUACCUCCCCCAACCUGUGUAAUCUGCCUACAGAUAAGGGUGCGGGCUGUCCCUUCUCCUUGUGGAAACAGGCUGUCAGAGCUGUGUAGAACAGCCUGGGGAGUCAGGCAACUCCAGUAUGUUCAAGUCUGUGUCUUUAUCAGCCUCCACCCAGCAGCAGUCAGUUCUCCCAGGACAGGGGCUUUGGGACCUGGGGACCACAACAAUCCAGUGCAAGCUACAGAACUUGAGUCAGGCCCUGAGUGAGUGCCCUAGAGCCCAUUUUCCAUCCCAGGCUUCUGAGGGGGGAUGGGGGCAGCUAAAGGACAUGGCCCCAAGCUGGGGAAGAUGGGGGACAUGAUGACAGGGGACCCAGCACUGCCAUCAAGAGUUCCAUAUCCCAUACCUGACGUGACAUAAAUAAAAAAAUAAAUAGUCUGGCAUCUUUCCCCAUCCCUUCCCACUAUAAAAACACAAAGUCCUCA